AUGGUAAAGGUCUUUUCUGAAUUUGAUGACCCUAUUGACAUCCCAACCAACAUUGUGCAGUUUUUUAGCUCUUUGGUGACUCUGCCAGAAGGGAAGGACAAGCUAACCCUCGACUUUGACCAGCCAUCUGCAGAUUACUUAAAGUUUCGUCAACGUAUAGAGAAUGAAAACCUCUGCCUCGAACACUGCAUGCUUAAGGAAAAAUCUAUAGCAGGGACGGUCAAAGUCAAAAACCUUUCCUUUGAGAAGUCCGUUAAGCUUCGCAUUACGUUUGACACUUGGAAAAGUCACACAGACAUAGAAUGCCAGUACGUAAAGGACACUUACACCGGCUCAAACCGUGACACCUUUUCAUUCGAAGCUACUUUGCCUGAUCAGGUGCCUCUACAUGAACGCAUAGAGUUUGCCAUUUGCUAUGAGGUCAAUGGCGUAACGCUCUGGGACAACAACCAAGGACAGAAUUACAGAAUUGUUCAAUCAGCACUAAAGAAGAGUUCAAAUGACUCUAUGGUUGACUAUCAGCGAUAUGGUGUGAGCGAUUGGGACGUUCUUUUUGACCGAUACGGCAGCCCUAGAUGCUCACGUGGGCUCUUUCCCAAUUGGCCAAGCUAUGCUGGAUAUGAAGACAUCGGUCCAUAUUACUAAGAAUCCACUUUUGGGACAGUUUAUCCUGCACACAUAUCCAUCAAACAUUGUGAUAAAUGUCUCCUUAAAAAAACACGCUGUUCUUUGACCAAGGACCUGUUGGACUGUGAAGCCAUAUGGACACUUGAGAUGUCUAUCGUCAAUAAUAUUGGAUUAUGUUGUUCAAUAGAGAAUGAGUUAUGUUUUUAAAAAUAGUGUUUAUGGUGCUAUAUGAAUGUAAUUAUGAGGGUAAAUUGAUUUAUUUAUUUUUUUUUUUCAGUGCCUGUCAAAUGCAUUAAUGCUAGUUUCUGUGCAGGGUUAUGUGAAAGUUUUCGAGGUUGAUUUUCAGUUUGUAUGGAUUUGCGUGGACCUUUAUAAAAUUAUACAAUGUUAAUGAAUUAAGUCUAAGUAAAUCUGCAGGCCAGUAUAUUUGCUAAACUGUAAAUCAUGAUCAUAAAAUUGACUAAAAUUAAGCUCUUUCUUGAGGGCAGCAAAUGGUUUUCAUCUGAAAAACCUUGCUAAGAG